AUGAGCAGGGGGGAUGGUAUGGUUACCCACACCAAGUCGGUGCACUCUCCGGCCAUAAAGAGGUUGUCCGAAUUCUCCUCGGCCGGCAUGCGGAUAUCAACGCCCAUUGCGGAGAGUGGGGCAAUGCUCUUGCGGCGGCUUCAUGGGCAGAACAAACAGAACUUGUGA